AUGGAAGCUGCCAGUGCUUGGAUCAGAGACACCUGCGAUAUGCAGAAAUUGCAGCGCAUAGGAGAUGUAAUCCGGGCAAUUGAUCUGUCUGCAAAUCCACUGUCCAAAUACGCUGUUCUGGCCUUGAUAUUGGCGCUGGGAUACCUCCUCAUCACCAGACUCUCUGGCAAACAAUCUUCAUCAAGUCAAUCCUACUCUUCAGACCCCGAAAAGCGAUCGGAGCGGCUCAAGCCAUCUGAACGGAAACCAGGAAGUAAGCGACCUCUCUCUCAGUCUUGUCCCUCCACGUAACUAACCAUAAAAUCAAGCAUGGCCGCCCUCCACCUUCCAACGCCCGCCCGCCUCUCCAUACCCCAACUGGUCCGUAACCGACACCAAACCAUUGCCCUACCGUCCCUUCCGCUACGGACCCUACCACAUCACCAUGGGCAUCCGCCCCAUGCCCUGGGACGAAUGGAUCGAACUCGACAACCACUACCGCCGCUUCCACGCGGACAAGAAAGCCCGCAUCGCCUCCCGGGGCAGCAAAUGCAGCCGCACCGCACCCGAGGCCCUCCCCGCCGCCCUCGAACUCCUCCAAGACCUCGCCGCCUACCUCCCCGAACGCUACCCGUCCAUGUUCACCCGAACCCCCGACGGCGGCGGCAUCCGCAACACCGUCACCAACGAGGAAAUCUCCGUGCGGGAGUUAACAUAUACCGACCUCUCCCUCCCCUCCUCCUCCUCACCCGCAAACCGGUGGCAAGAGAAGAAGACCCCAUCCAGCUCGCCGCCCGCCUCAUCCAAGACGACCUCGCCCUCCUGCUCGAAUCCCCCCCACCCGACGGCCAACCCCGCCUCCUGGCCGGCAGCAUCCUGCUCGCGGGCUUCUGGCGCCUGUCCGACAAAUUCGGCCUGCCCCUCUCCGAAAUCCACACCUCGGGCGCCGUCCCGCAAUUCACUCAAAAACUAGAAAAGGGCAUGCUGAAGUUCUUCCGUCGUUUGAAACCCGAGAAGCCCGUCGUGCGGAACAAUUACUUUUUCCAGGUGGAUUCCAAGCUCGCUUGGAGCGAGAGUCUCGGGGAUGAGGAUGCCGCGGAAAUCACGGGUUGGAAAGCUGCCGAGGGAGAUAGGAGGAGGGCGGUUGAGGCGCAUUUCUUCCGUUCGGAACGCCAGUCCUUGAGAAGGCUGCCGCGGACGGGCGCGGUGGUGUUUACGAUUCGGACGUACUUCCAUCCGAUCUCGGAAUUGGCGGAGGAGUGGGGCGUGCCCGGGAGACUGGCGAGUGCGGUGCGGAGCUGGGGGGAGGACGUCGGUAGGUAUAAGGGCCGGGAGAGGUAUGAGGGGGUGCUGUUGGAGUUUCUGGAUCGGAAGCAUGCGGAGCAGGUGCGGCGGGGGUUGGAUGCGGAGAAGGAGGAGGAAGAGGGGAGGAGGUAUCCGUGGUAA